UCUCAGAGAAGCUGUCAGAGACCGUCAGCAUCGUCCCCGUCACUCAGGGUCUGAUGUCAUCAUCACCGGCUGCAACCAUCGCUGCCGACCUGUCGACCUUCGACCUCUGGCACGUCCACAUGGACCUGCACCGCCGCUCCUGCCCCAGUGUCACCGUGCAGCUCCCGGUCUUCCCCCCUGAAACGGACAACAUCAACAGUUCCUCCAGGCGUCCGUGGUCGUCGUCUGAGUCCAGAGACAGAAAACUCUGUGAGGAUUCAGAUUCUCUCGGCAGCUCCUUCAGAGAAGACAAGCGUUUCCACAGCAACGCUGUGGCUGGUUCCAGAGUGGAUCCGGUUCAGGUCGCUGUCACCAGAUCCAGAGAAAAUCUUCCUGACCAUUUGGCCCCCCCCUCUCUGACCAGCUCAGACGAGAGCGCCUCUCCCAUCGCCUCCCUCCCCUGCUCCCCCUGCAGUUCCACCACCAACCUACAUGGAGGAAAUAUCAUCUGUUCCCCGACCUGUAGGGGCCCCAGGAAGUCGACGGCCCCCGCCCUGCGGUUCACCAGGCAGCUGAGUGUAGGUGGAGCGGGCUCUUCGUCCUGGAUCCACCUGAACAACAGCCACUACCCAUUCCCCAACAGGAAGAGGCCCCGGAUCUCUGAGGCCGCCAGGAGGCUCGGGAUGUACUCGUCCUGCUGAGACGCCACAAAGGUUGUUUCACCGUGUUUGAGAAUUAAAGACGUUAUUCUU